AUGAGUGCGUCGACGUUUCCGGACGCUUCCCUUGCCCGCGAUACUCAGAGCUCCGACUUUGACCUGAUCGUUCGCCAGCAGCCCAACAGGGCGCGCGUGGCGGGUGGGAAGGAGAAAGAGGACAACCCAGUUCCCGUGGCCCCGUCCACUGCUCUGACCGGCACACUGGUUUCGUCUCUCCACAGGUUGAAAGAUGUGGACAAUACUGAUGGGGGAUUCUUCGUUUGGGGGGACUUGUCAGUAAAAAUCGAAGGAGAUUUCCGGCUCAAGUUCACUCUCUUCGAAAUGCGAAAUGUACCCGCCAAAGAGCUUUCCGGGCAUGGCAGAGUCGACGUUCCUCUCCAGAUCUUUUGCGGACCAAGCAAACGGCCUGUACCCCGGCCAGAGGAGUAUCCGCAGCCGAUUCCGCGCUCGCCCGAUCGUUCUUCGAUCCAGAUGCCAAGCAACGCGUUCAGCGCUUACCCGACAACGAGUAGAGACUAUGGGUACUAUGGACAGCAGACACACCCCAGUAAGCGGCCGCGAAUGUCGUCUAUAGACCUUGGGACCCGAGGGAUGUAUGACGCAGAUGGGCGGAUGCGUCAGAUGGAUACGUACCCUCAAACGGCGAUCUACAAUCAGCCAGGGGGCUACGCAACUCCUAUGAUGCAAGGCUAUCCUGCCGGACACACGGCGGUUCCAGAUUAUGCGAUGUCUUACGGGAUUCCAUCCUCCACUCAGGUACCCCAGAUGCAAGACCCUGGGGCACACGGUCGAUCCAGCCAACAGGCCACGAUGCAGUCCUUAGGAAUGGUCAACGCGCCUGGUACUCCUACAGCGGACUCGACGGGAGCAAUGAUGCCACAAAGCUACCCUCGUUCGCAAUACCAGACUGGGUCCACAAUCCUUCCUCCUUUGCAACAACGGAAUCGAAAUUUUGCUCAAGGCACCAACGGUGCAGCGGCACGAGGCUACUUUGAUCAAUCUUCCCAAGCGGCGACACCGAUCCUUCCAUCACAACCUAUUUCUACCAAUGAAGUGGACAGGUGUUUGAUUGUUAUUUCUAUUCCCCGUUAUUAUGUUAUGGUUACGGCUUUGGAUCGAGUGAUGACGGAUGAUGGCUGGACGGUUGACUUCAUUCCCGAAGCAAGUCAACUGGUGUUUGCAAGGUUCCUUCCAGCACCGAAACUAUAUACGCGGACUAAGGAUGGCUGCCUGAGGUUAGGCCGGAUGUUGCCUUCCUUUUUGGGGGAAAAUCCCAACUGGAGGUGGGAGUCAACCGGCUUCUUCCCCUCGUUGACGGCCUCGCCUUCACUUCUCACUCCACACCGUCAAGUACCUCUGCUCCAGGCUUCUCCAGAGGUUUCAAAUUUGGACAUUCGAAGUACCUGGAGCGGUAGCCUAGACGAGCCCGUCAACUGCAGAAUCUCUAUGGUGCUAUCCAUCUUGAACAUCCGAUCUGCCGGGGUUUCUAUCGUCAAUACACAGUUGGUUCGGCUUCAGCCUGACCAGUAUAGUGACGGUACUUGGUCAAGCUCGAGCUCCCCUCAGAGUCCUUUAUUCGCCUUUUCUUCAACUACAACAGAGUCUUACCCUGCACGUUCCCCGGUAUCUGGCUCAGAGUCUUCUGGGGGAAAUGUGCCCGCAAAUAUCGAGAGUUCGGCUCAAAACUUGGUAUCCUCGGUCGAUGGAACUGUUGAAAACUUCUCUAUUUGCGAUACUGGGCUCGAUCAGCUGGAUCAUCAUUCGGCUCAAGUAUCAUCUGUGUCCGAUCAUAGCGAUGAAUAUACUAGGUUUAUAGAUGCUAUCAAGCAGCAUAGUCUGGGAAAGAGAAGUGCUGCAGCGGCAGGCCUGACGGAAUCUCAGCCGGGCUCGGAUACGGAAGAGGGUCAAAGUAGGAAAGCGGCGCAGCAAAACCAUAUUGACAGAAUUAGUUCUACAAAAUUUGAGCCCAAAAGGAGAGUGUCUGAGGGCUGGGCAAACCACAGUGGACACUUGGUCUCCAACUCCCCGCUUCCCAGAGAAAAGCAGCAUGAACCCCUCAGCGGAGAGUCCGUACCCCAGACUGACAACAUAACACAAAAAAUAUCUUCCGGCAGUACGCAAACCAAGGGUGUUAAUAGUGCUUUUGAGGUCAAGGACAUAGCAAGUAGCAUGAAGCUCGAAGCCAGUGAUGCUGGUGCUACUCUCGAGUCUUCACUAGCGCAUUCAGACACAGGCAAAGAACCAUUUCAUGAUCCUGAACAGCCAGAGGUUGCGGGGUCCGUCUUUGGUGAGGCUGAUCCAUGUUUCUCAUUGAUUGAUGAAAUGACACCGUUACCUGAGCCUUCAAAUGAAGAUACUACAAAAGUAUCGGGCGAAGUGCGCAAAGACCCCUUCUGGAAAUGGUCAAAUGCGGACUCAACACCAUCCAUUCCAGCUUUGAAAGAAUCGCCACUAUCCAAUUCUGACCCCGGAGAGGUACCUAUGGUAGCUGAAAUUGAACCAGAGGAGAUCGCAAAGGCUCGGCUACUUCCCAAGCUCACCAUACCGCAACCUUCUCAUGGGAAGACUGCGGAUGAAAAGGAGACCUCCCCGCAAAAUCAUGAUGACGAGUCACGCGCAGAUGUACACUGCGAACCAGUAUUUGAUAUUAACCGUGGUAUUCUAAUAGUCAAGAAUCCUUCAAAUGUCCAGCAAGAACACUACAAGCUCAUUGUUACCAUAUCCGUGUCUCUGCGGCAAAGAAAGCAAAGCGGAUGGAAUGACUUAGUUAUCCAAGGCCUACCUAAGUUGGUACCUGGCGAGUACGGAUACCUCCUUUUCCUCAUGCCAGAGGAAUAUGGUCUCGAGUUCCGUACGACGAACUUACAGAGGCAUAAGAUCGUGGAAAAUUGCUUCCUGGGUGAGUUCAGCUAUACGGGUGACCUUGUGAUCCCUGUUCGAAGGUGCGAGCGGAAGUUUUACGGAGUUGUCAAGGACUUUACGGUACACCAGGAAAUCAGGGCCGAAUAUGCAUUGGCCUCUGUCAAAGUAGAAAGUCCGCCAGAAUUACAAGCAACAUACCACGCUGUUUGCUCUGUCAGACUGCACAAUCGUUGCUUUUGGGCCGAAACAUGCUGUCUCAUUCUGUCCAUCGAUGGGGGACCAGAUAGUGUUUUCCGCAGUAAACUUGAUUCUCAAGAAAGCGGUCUGAAGAUGAUCCAUAUCCCAGCAAGAGAAAAUGUUGGUAUUGGAUCUGCGUAUCUACAGAUCGUUUGCUCGCCCCGAGAUCUUGAAUUGUUCUGUGUGAACUGGACAGUUCGGCUUCCCGGGCACCAUGCAAUCAGUUGGCUCCCACGAAUUUACCCGGCAUUUUCCAGUCCCAGUGACCGUGUUAGACAUCAUCUCCGACGGACAUUUGAGAAAGUGGAGGCUGUAUCACUUUCACGCAUUGAGCGUUCUCGUGGCUACGAAAUGGGGGAACCUGAGAUCGAUGACUCGAAAAAGCCCGCAGGUAUAAGAGAUGCCAUUGCUAUCGUGGCGGACCUGCCUGCUAAGGACAAACAGCCAAUGAAUAAUUGCGCGAAUAUUCCGAGAUCAGAGAACGUUAUACAAAAGAUGAGACUCGUUUUCAUUUGCGCUAUCUAUGUUCUGGGAACCAUUCUUGCGUUCUGGCUCAAUAAUACCGUUAUUGACGCUGUGGCUUCACCAACUAAGGCGACAUCCACUGUUGCUAAUAUGGAUGCGGAAAGCCUUAAUAUGAGUCAACCAACGGCAGUACACUGGCAUAGCUACACCAGCCAGCCCGAUACGUCAUGGGAGGGCAACUCCAAGGAUGAACCAACACCAGGAGUCAGCAUUUCUGUAGAGGCGAACGAAGAGGUAACAAUGGAUACUGAGACCACGAAGCCGGAUCAAGAGUCAACAAGGUCGGCACCAGCUGGACCGCGAAGCCUUGAGUCACCGCAAGCUGAACAAGAGUUGACUUUCCGGGACAGGGUUGAUUACUGGCUUGGGUGGCGGGGCCCGGCCAACAGCGAGAUUCACGGCGAGACUGUCGCGCAAUCUUAA